AUGGAUAAAUCAGUUUUGAAAUUAUAUAAAUAGAUUCUGAGAGCUGGAAAUCAAUUCAAGGAUUAUAAUUUCAGAGAAUAUGUCAUAAGGAGAGCAAAAUAAGAUUUUAGAGAAUUACAGAUCAAUCCUGAUCUUAAAAAUAAGGUCUUUGAAAAAUACACAACAGAAUUAGAAGUUAUCAAAAGACAAGCUAUUGUUUAGAAUCUAUACUAUUAGACAAACCAUAUAAUUGAGUAGAAAUAAUGCAAUAUAUGA